CAGAAUACCUCUAUUCGGAAGUAAUAGUGCCGAGACAGCUGGAAUCAAGGAGGAUACCUGGAAGCAAAAUUGACAUCUCUUAUAUGAUUAAAGUGGAAGAGGAUUACAAAGUUCUUCACCUUGAACAGAGAUCCUUUGUUAUUUCAAAUUUGCCUGUCUACACUUAUAAUAUGAAAGGAGAUGUGAUUGCAGAUUAUCCAUAUGUUCAGGAUGACUGCUACUACAGCGGCUACGUGGAAGGCACCCCGGACUCUUCUGUCGUCCUCUCUACCUGUGCUGGGCUUUGGGGACAUGUGCAAAUUGGGACUUUAAGGUAUGAAAUUGAACCUAUUGAGAAUUCCCCCAAAUUUCAACACCUUAUUUAUCGAAAGACCCCAGAGCAGCGUGAACCGUGUAGAAGCGUGGUCGAAGAGAGAGCAACGUGGACAGAUGAAGGCGGAGAACUGCAAAUGGUGGCUCUUGAUGACCUCAUGCCUCCCAUCAGGGGCGCAGAUGAUCUUGAGCACAACACAGUGACCAGUUACCUAGAAUAUUACGUCGUUGUAGACAAAGGCAUGAUCUACCUGCCCUUAGACCUCCACGUCUAUCUGGUAGGCCUGGAGCUGUGGACCGAGCGAGACCACAUCACUGUCAGCACGAAGAGCCUGGGCGUAACUUUGCAAGCCUUUUACAAAUACGUCCGUGACGAUCUUCGGCACCGUGCCCAUUUUGAUCACGCUGGCAUCCUGACAGAAUGUGCAAGACUAAGUAACUGUAGCGCGAAGGUGUAUUAUGACAUGAUACGGCAGCCAGGAAAAGAAUGUUUGCUCAAUGUUCCCGCGAAAAUAUUUCAGAGGAAGGUGUGCGGAAAUGGAAUCGUGGAAGGGGAUGAAGAGUGCGACUGUGACACACCAAAGAUGCCGAAGCGCCAACACUCAGCAGCUUUGUCUGUCUUUUGUCAGGGAAGAGAAGGGGAAGGAAUCCUGAAUUUAUUCCUCCUGCCGGAUACACGGCACUCAAGAACAGGUCAGCCUUUUAAGGAGCAAGAUAAACGUGAGUUCAGCAGUUUGCUAAGAAAUGAUAAACCCCCAACGCUCAAAGGACCCGGUGAAUGCAGAAGGAACGGCUGUUGUCAAGAGAACUGUAAAUCCAAACCAGGCAUUGACUGUCUUCACGGCCCCUGCUGUGAGAAAUGCAAGUUUUUGGAAGAGGGAAAGGUGUGCCGACAGGCUGCGACGGAGUGUGACCUCCCAGAGUACUGCAAUGGGACGUCGGCCGAGUGUCCACCUGACCUCUAUAAGCAAGACGGGAUGCCCUGUGGCGAAGACAGCAGCUGCUUCCUGGGAAACUGCCUUGACCUCCAGCGACAUUGCAUCGCCCUUUUUGGACAAGAUGCGCAGCCUGCGCCACUGAGUUGUUUCAAGGAGCGAAACAUGCGAGGUGACCCCUUUGGCAAUUGUGGCCGGAAUGGAGAGAAGUACAGGAAAUGCCAUGAACGAGACAUCCUUUGUGGGAGGCUCCAGUGCACUCAUAUUAAAAAAAUUCCCCACAUUUCAACCGGGCAAGGAAUACUUCAGACCCCGGUGGAGGAGACAUUGUGUUGGGGCACCAAGUUUCACCCCAGGCAGGAAGGUAACGAUCCUGGCGCUGUGAAAGAUGGAACGGCCUGUGGCGUCGACAAGAUCUGCAUCAACCGAUCCUGCGUUGACCUGGCCGUUCUGAAGCACGAGUGCAAUUUCUCUCAGUGUCACCACCGAGGGGUGUGCAACAGCAACGGAAACUGCCACUGCUCCUACGGAUGGGCCCCUCCCUUCUGCACCGGCAGGGGAUACGGGGGGAGCAUUGACAGCGGGCCCCCGGCGGCAGAGAGGAUGGCCACAAGUCGCAUCGUCGGGCUCGUCAUUCUCACCGGGCUGGCUCUCUUUGGGCUGGGCUUCGUCGCCUCCCUGAAGAGACAGCAGUUGGAGACGUGGUACGCGGAUGCGAUCCUGAAAAGACUGGCACCAGAAUCAGAACACCACCAGGAGUCACGGUCGGCAGACGGCGUUUCCCUGAAAAGCCAAACGGCAAAGCUGGACUUGACGGCGCCCGAGUGAAGGACCCCCGCGACGCAGGAGAACUCGUUUUGGAUGCCGGAACGAUCACAGAAACCGCUCCCGAGAGUUAAGGGGUGCCUCUUCACGCGGGCCCUCCGUGUGUGGCUUUCUCUGCUUCUUCGAAGCAUUCCUGUUCCUUAGGGUCUCCGGGCUUCAAAUAAAAGGUUCUUCCUCCUUUGAACACA